AGGAUGGCAUCGAAGGGAGUGUGCUGUGGCCUGAGUUCUCUGGAGGCUCUGCUGGUCGUGCUGUUCUUGGGCAUGACCGGGGUGUCCGUGGGACUGAUUACGGUCAUGGCAGUCGGGUGGAAUACUACACCGCCAGAGGCGCCUGAUCCCAGCAAGGGGCCGACUCAGGGGCCCCCUGAGAACCACUUCCUCGUAGGGGUGGGCCGAGCAGACUGCACAGGACCUGUUGGGGAUGUGCCCCUGAUGGGUUACGCCAACUUGGACCAAACGGCGGGGGGGAUCCACUUUCGUCUCUACAGCAGGGCCUUCAUAGUGGAUGAUGGGAGCAAGAGAGUGUUGUUUGUCUCUGCCGAUAUUGGUAUGGUCUCCCAAAGGCUGAGACUCGAGGUUCUGAGAGCGCUCCAGGUGAAGUAUGGAGACCUGUACAGACAAGACAACGUGAUCCUGAGUGGCACGCACACGCACUCGGGCCUAGCGGGUUACUUCCAGUACACCCUCUUUAUGAUCACCAGCAAAGGCUACAUCAAGUCCUCCAUUGAGCCCAUCGUCAAUGGCAUUGUCAAGAGCGUUGACAAUGCCCACAAGAGUCUGAGACCAGGCCGCGUCUUCGUCGGCCGAGGCCAGCUGGAGGAGAGCAACCUGAACCGAAGCCCCCAGUCCUAUCUGAACAACCCAGAGGAGGAACGCAAGAGGUACACAUCCAACACUGACAAGCAGGUGGUGAUGCUGAAGUUCACUGACAUGGAUGGGGAUGGCAUGGGUAUGCUCAGCUGGUUCGCUGUCCACCCUGUCAGUAUGAACUACACCAAUCAGAUGGUUAGUGGAGACAACCUGGGCUACGCCUCCUACCUGUUUGAGCAGGAGAAGAACAUCAAUGCACUUCCUGGUCAGGGCUCCUUCGUGGCGGCGUUUGCCUCCAGUAACCUUGGCGACGUGUCUCCAAACACCAGGGGGCCCUACUGUAUGAACACGUGGGAGAAGUGUGACUAUCUCAACAGCUCUUGUCCCAUUGGUGGGACAAAAAUGUGUGCUGGCUUCGGACCAGGGAAGGACAUGUUUGAAAGCACCAGGAUCAUUGGGGAGAACGUUUACAAAAAAGGCAAAGAACUAUAUGCCAAUGCGAAGCAGGAACUGCGGGGGUCCGUGCACUUUGCCCACCAGUGGGUCAACAUGACUGAUGUCACCGUACAGAUCAACUCCACACACACGGCCAAAACAUGCAAACCGGCUCUCGGUCACAGCUUCGCCGCGGGAACGACAGAUGGCGGAGGUGACCUCAACUUCACCCAGGGUGCUGUGGAGGGGGAUCCAUUUUGGGACGGGAUCCGGGACACGCUAGUGGGAGCGCCGUCCAAUGAGACGCAGGAGUGCCACGAGCCCAAACCCAUUCUGUUCAGCACCGGUGAGAUGAACUGGCCUCUGCCCUGGCACCCACAGAUAGUGGACGUUCAGAUGAUCACCAUCGGCUCGGUGGCCAUUGUGGCUACCCCUGGGGAAGCAACCACCAUGGCCGGCAGGAGGAUGAGGGACGUGAUCAAACAGGAGCUGGAGGCCCAGGGGGCAUUCAAAGACACUGAAGUCGUCAUCGCUGGUUUAUGCAACAUCUACACCCAUUACAUCACCACCUAUGAGGAGUACCAGAUUCAGCGAUAUGAGGCGGCCUCCACUAUCUACGGGCCCCACACUCUUGGGGCUUACCUGCAGCACUUCAGGGGCCUGGCCAAGGCCAUCGCAGAGGGUACAGUGGCAGAGCUGCCCAAGGGCCCUGAACCUCCGUUCUUCAGCGACAGUCAGCUCUUCUCCCUGCUCCCUGCAGCGCCAGUGGAAAAAGCGCCAGUCAACACCACCUUCGGAGAUGUCCUGGAGCAGGUCUACCCCUCCUAUGGAGUGGGAGAAGUGGCCUCUGUCACAUUUGUUGCAGGAAAUCCAAGGAACUCAGGAGAUAUGACUGAUAAGACUUUCAUCACUGUCGAGAAGUUUCACAAUGCCUCCCAAACAUGGACAGUAGUUCACACAGAUGCAUCCUGGGAAACACGAUUCCGCUGGCUGAAGGGCUCUGGAGGCGAGAGCAACGCGACGGUGGAGUGGCAUAUCCCCGCCUCUGCCCAGACGGGCACCUACAGGAUCCGCCACUUCGGCCACUGCAAGCGGCGAGUUAACUUCAGACCCGUCAUCUCACCUUAUAACGGCACCUCUGAUGCCUUUCAAGUCUCAAAAGCCAUGACAUACUGGUCCUGAGUCAGUCAGUGAGUGAGUGAUUUGGUGACUGAAUGAUAAGAUAAAAAAAAAGCUGAAGAACAAUGUGACCACAGAUAGCCCUUACAUCUCGUGUCACUGUUGAUACACUUUUUUUUGUUCGGUAGUGUCAUGUUUAUCGAUUAGUCAUUUCUGGUUCGAUGUGAAGACGACGUACAGCAAAGUCUCUGAGAUGAGACUCGUUCCGUGUUUGUGAGAUGAGUUAUCUGUGAGACAUUGUUGAUAUUUGUUCUGAUGAGUCUAAAUGGAAUAUCGCACAGUGUUAUAGGGGCUACAUGGGUAGAAGAGAGAAUUCUGCAGUCGUUCAUUUCUGAUAUGGCUGUUGCUCCCCCAGUGCCAUCAGUUCAUUAAUAUAUUAUGUGUUGUACUGUGAUGCUAAGAGUUGUACAUAUAAUUGCACAAAUAAAAGACAUAACAUCCCAGCUUGAUUG